CAGCUGACAUAAUGUGGAAGGCAUUAAACCUCAACUUUAACCUGUGAAAGAGGAAUCUAAAACAUGUCCAAUACCACGGAGUGAAUUUAUAUUAAAUUAUUUUUAUUUGUGUAUAAACGGGCAGUUUUAGGAAUUAUUACCUCCUGCAGUUUAGGACAAAUAUCGCGUUACCCGUACGGGCUUUCCAGAUCUCCAUGGCAGCAAUUUGCGCUGGUGAAGAAUUUGAUACCAAGGCGCUUGGAGACUGAUUGGAGUGCAUUGUAAGGGGUUUGGGGUCGCUGAUUGGUUCAAGGGAAGGAGCAUAACUACAAGGAGUUUAUAUUCAUUCAACUUGUUGAAGUACCCCUGCAAUCUGGAGGGAAGUUUCUACGAGGACGGUCUCUGAGGGAAUCUACGAGUGACUGUGACGGUGGAUUACUCUUCAUAUCUUUAACAUGGACUGAUGAAGUGAGCCAAAGAGCUUCUGGUAAAAAUGUCAAGCGCAGACAGUGAAGUUAAAACGUUGCUCAACUUUGUCAAUUUGGCAUCCAGCGACAUCAAGGCGGCCCUGGACAAAUCCGCUCCCUGCCGGCGCUCUGUGGAUCACCGGAAAUACCUGCAGAAGCAGCUCAAGCGUUUCUCACAAAAGUUCUCAAGAGUCUCAAGGUGCCAGACGCUCAGAUCUGCGGACUACAGGAGCGCCAGAUCCGCAGGAGCUGAACGUCAAAGCGCAACAGUGAUAGAUAAGGCCAGCUCCGAUGCGCAACACGUUCAGAGCGUCGGAAACGUGGAGCAGGUGCCCAUGAGGAAACGACAGCUACCGGCCUCGUUUUGGGAGGAACCCAGGAUAACCAAAACUAAGAGAGACACAUCCUGUUUGGAUUUGAGAAGAAGCAGCUCGGGAACAUCUGAUGGCAGCGAGAAUGAAAAGAGGAAAAGGAGUCAGGACGACGCUCCAAAGACCGCAAUCUCCUCCUCCAACCGGCGCAACUCUGCGGAAAAAGAAGUCCGGAAACUGGAUCUGACUUCCCACCACUCUGUGAGCUUCUGCGGCUGCUGGCCCUUCCAGCUCCACGGACAUCAGGUCCUCCACAGUCAAAUCGUAGUGCCCCAUCCUCCCAUGGGUCUGUGGAGCAAAGCAGCAGGGCCAGGGCCGGAGAGAUGUGAGCAUCCUUAUGGACAGAAACUUCACACACACGUUGUGGUUAAACCUAUACCGACCAAACCCACAGCUCAGUCUCCGAUCUUCAGCGUGUUUGGAUUCGUUUAAUCUGCCCAUCACAUGAGAAGGUGAAACUGUGACCUUUUUCUUUGUGUUUAAACCAGACACUCCCGGAAGCACUUACUAGAAUGCUGCAUCUAUUUGUGAUGUUUAAGCCCACAGGAAUAAAUUGCACUUUUUCAACAACAACAAAAAAAACUAAUCAGCUUCACGUUUAUGUCAGUUAAAUUUCCCUCUCUUUGUCCACAGAGAAGGAGAAGGAAAAAUGUGUUUUUGUACUCGUGAGCUGUCAUGGUUACCCCUUUUAACAAGAAAAAUCUGUCUUUGUCAGAUAAUGUUUGCAGAAAUGACUUAUUUUUAAAUAAAAGACUCAAAUUCUCUCAAUAA